CAGAAAUGGACAUCAUCAGACAGCUCAGCGCUUUAUUUUCACAAACUGAAUCCAUUGACAGCAUACCUAACGCGACUUUGCCAGAACCGACGAUGCCAAAUUGGGGUGGAGGAGCUAAAUGUGCGGCCUGUGAGAAGACUGUUUACCAUGCGGAGGAGAUCCAGUGCAACAGCCGCAGCUUCCAUAAAACAUGCUUCAUCUGCAUGGUUUGUCGUAAAGGUUUGGACAGCACCACAGUUGCCGCACAUGAGUCUGAGAUAUACUGCAAAACCUGCUACGGCAAGAAAUAUGGUCCGAAAGGUUAUGGGUAUGGCCAGGGUGCUGGAGCUUUGAGUUCUGACCCGGUCAAUAAUGAAGAACUUCAGCCUCAAGAGCCCAAAGCUCCACGUCCUGCACCUGCGAACUCAAACUCAAGCAAGUUUGCGCAGAAGUUUGGGAGUACAGAUCGCUGUCCUCGCUGCUCUAAAGCUGUUUAUGCAGCGGAGAAAAUCAUGGGUGCUGGAAAGCCCUGGCACAAAACCUGCUUCCGCUGUUUAUUGUGCGGGAAGAGCCUGGAGUCCACCACCGUGACGGAUAAAGAUGGAGAGCUCUACUGUAAAGUUUGCUAUGCCAAAAACUUUGGUCCGAAGGGGCGGGGCCUGGGGAACCCGGGCAUGGUCGAGGAGAGUGUGUGACAAGUGUAGACCAAUCAAGUGCAACCUCCUAUUCACCACAUGAUAUUUAAACAUGGCUGUCAGUAUUUGCCUCCUAGUGGCAGCUGCAAGAAAAUUAAACACAACAAAAAACAAUCAUAUUUCACUUUGCGCACAUUAUAUCAAUUUUAUCAACAUAUUUCAAUACACCCAAAGCUCGGUUGCAAAACUUUUUAUCCCAAACGACUUUCCAUUGGAGAUUAAAGACCUGCAAAUGUUAGUCGUGUGCAGUGGAAAUGCAGCUUUAUACAUGAAGCUGAAGUGUGGAACUUACAGAAACAACUUACACUUAAUCACGCCAUUUGGUUAAGCCUGUUCCAGUGUGAGGAUGUUUGGUAUAAAGCAGUACAAUGCUGAAAUGUAAAAAAAGUAUUAUGUCCUACUAACAGCUUAGUACAAGACCUAUUUAACUUUCUUCAGUUGAACACAAAAGAAAAUCAUUUGAAGAAUGCUGGUAGCUUGCACCCACUGACUUCCAUAGUAAUUUCUUUUUUUCUAUGGAUGUGAAUGGGUGUCAGAAACCAAGACUGAAGGAAGAAACUCAAAGGUUUACAACUACACGAUGAGGUUAUUUUCAUUUUUGGAUGAACGUAUGAAAGUAUCGUAACAAAGUGCACACUUCAGCUUUAUAUCUGAUCCUAUGUUAAAUCUAGGCACUGAUUACUUCAUAAACUGUAGCACAAUUAUAUAAAUCCUGUCUACUGUACUGUAAUUGUCAUGUCAUAAAAACAUAAAUCAACAUUUAAUAAAGAUAUAAGAUGUG